CGCCUCCUCCCCCCACCCCGGGCCUAACCGCUCCCCUGGGCCGUGCCUAUCGGAGCCCGGAGCCGGGAGCCGGGAGCCGGGAUUGGCGGGCGGUGGGGCCGGGAGCCGGGAGCCGGGUCCGGGCGAUGGCGCGGCUGCUGCAGCCGCUGAGCGAGGCGCAGUUGAAGCGGUUGUCGGAUCACCGGUACCGGGCGGCGGGCCGUUCCCUGCUCGAGCCGCCCCUGCAGCGGUACUGGGCCUGGCUCCUGGACAGAGUACCGCCCUGGGUGGCCCCGAACAGCAUCACCCUCCUCGGGCUCGCCUGUAACAUCCUGAGCUGCCUCCUGCUGAUCUCCUACUGCCCCCGGGCAACCGAGCAGGCACCAGCCUAUGUCUAUGUUCUGUGUGCUGUAGGAUUAUUUAUAUAUCAAUCUUUGGAUGCGAUUGAUGGGAAACAGGCUCGAAGGACCAACAGCAGCUCUCCCCUUGGGGAACUUUUUGACCACGGCUGUGAUUCCUUUUCCACAGUUGUGGUUGGCUUGGGUACCUGCCUGGCCGUUCACCUGGGAACAGACCCCGACCUGAUGUUUUUCUGUUGUUUCAUUGGCAUCUUCAUGUUCUAUUGUGCACACUGGCAAACCUACGUUUCAGGGUCUCUUCGAUUUGGCAAAAUUGAUGUAACUGAAGUUCAAAUCUGCAUAAUGCUCAUCUUUUUCUUAUCUGCCAUUGGAGGAGCUACUUUUUGGGAAUACCAGAUUCCUGUACUAGGACUGAGAAUGAAAAUCCUGCCUGUGUUUGGAAUAAUUGGAGGAGCAAUAUAUUCCUGUACCAAUUACUUUCGGGUCAUCUUUACUGGUGGAACAGGAAAGAAUGGUUCCACAAUAGCGGGUACCAGUGUUCUGUCACCUGCCUUGCACAUUGGGCUGGUCAUCGUAAUGGCGACAGUGAUCUACAAAAAAUCCACCACACGUCUGUUUGAGGACCAUCCUUGUCUCUAUAUUUUAGCAUUUGGAUGUGUGGCUUCAAAAAUUACAAACAAAUUAGUGGUAGCACAUAUGACCAAAAGUAAGAUGAAACUCCAAGACACGGCAUUCAUUGGGCCUGGGCUGCUGUUUCUGAACCAGUAUUUCAAUAGUUUCAUUAACGAGUACUUUGUACUGUGGGCAGCAAUGGUUUUCUCCCUGUGCGAUUUGUUGGUUUACUGCACUGCAGUCUGCAUUCAGAUUGCAUCACACCUCCACAUUGAAGUCUUCCGAAUUCCAUACCAAGCUUCUGAACAGGUAGACAGUCCAGCUCCUGUCUCCCCUCAGAACAACAUGAGUUGAAGAGACUUGCAAACAUUCGGCGUCUGUUCUCGUUGCUGUCACAUGAAGGGGAGAAUUGUUAGACGUGGACAACCUAUAGGUUUACAUAUACUUCAUUGCAAAAAACAAAUCUGAUCUUUAUAAUAUGAUAAUUACUAUUGGGUAAAUUGAUUUUUUUGUAUUAAAUUGUUGCUGGCAAUUUUUUUAAAAAACAAAUCUUUAAACAAUGAAAUCACAUUUAUGCUGUGCUUCAUUUGAUGUAUUUUCUGUGUACACUCUUUCAAUUUGGCAAGCUACAAGGUAAAUGUUAUUGACUACCUCUAUCAUAAUCCUGUUCUGUAAUCUUUUCUCUUCUGAAUUUCUUGCUGCAAUCUAGUGAAAAGGAUUGUGUUGCUUCUUUUCGGGUAAGUUAAAUUACUUUAAUUAUGAAAUUCACACAGAGGGUGGUGCGUGUAUGGAAUGAGCUACCAGCGGAAGUGAAGGAAGCUAGUAUAAUUACAGCAUUUAAAAGGCAUCGGGAUGGGUA